CGAGCUGCUCAACUCAAUUAGCACCCCUAAUUACACCCCAAAACGAUGUAUUGGUAUUUUUUUUAUUAUUAUUUUUUACCUUAAAUUAAAAAAAAGUAAAUUUUUUGGUUUAAAAAAAAAAAAGGUAAAAUUUUGUAACGCAGUAAAUAAUUUACAUGGUCCGUAUCACGAUUUACUUUCUUCUCUCUCCUCCCCAAAUCUGAUUCACUCCCACAUCGCAACCUUACUCCAUUGCUAAGAUCAUCAUCAAUCAGAUCUCCGCCGUUCUCGACGCUUCUACGGUGUUCUUUACGGCGGUUCGUCGCUUUUAAUGGUGGUCACAUAGAGUAUAUAUACUCUCUCCGACAAAUCGAGGUUCUUCAAUGGCGGAAGCAACCUCAUCUGAGGUUCUCUAUCAAACUCUUCAACACGCUUCCGGACCUUGUUUCCCUAAUUAUCCGCCUCAACAGGUUAUUGAUACUGCUAAUUCAGGAGUAUUGUCAUUGAUUUCAACUCGAGGUCUGACUCAAAUUAAAGAAAAGUGGAAUGCGUAUAGACAACCAAAGAAAUUGAAGAGGUUGGUGUCGUUGUUUGUAGCCCCUAAAGGUGAACGAGUGGCUGUUGCUGUUGGAAAUCAUAUAACCAUUUUACGGAAGGAUGAGGAGUAUCAUCAACCAUAUGGGACUUUUGCUAGUAAUAAUGUUGGUGCAUUUACUCUUGGAGCAUGGUCAGAAUCUCAUGAUGUGCUCGGAAUUGUUGAUGAUGUGGACACAUUAUACUUUAUCAAGUCAAAUGGUGAUGAACUAAUAAGAAUUGAGCGCAGGCAUCUGAAAUUGGCGUUUCCAAUCGUGGGCCUUUUUGUGCCUGAUGUUACGGAGGCAACGGAACCUCUCUUGUGUAACUUCAAUUUUCUUACUUCUGAUGGAACUCUUCAUCACAUUGAGAUCAGCCAGGAUCUGAGUGCUUCUCUCUCUUCAAUACGGACUUGGAGUGACAUAAAGAGACAGUUUUCACUAAAUUUCUUCUGUCUAGACUACAACCCAGAACAUUCUUUGCUUGUUCUAGUUGGUGUCCCUACCAAUAUUUCUAUAACUGCUAGCAGCCCUACUGGAUCUUCUACACUCUCUGUAUGGCGCUGGAGUCAAAAAUCAGGUUUGCUACAAGUCAAUUCUCUGCAAUUUGAAGGCGUUUAUAGCAAACCUAAGGGGUUUAGAGGCCUGGUCGUAUCUCCAAAGGUGCUGAUCUCACCUCAUGGAAAGUUUAUUGGGACCCUGGAUUUAAGAGCACGUUUGAACAUAUUUAAGCUUAGUGUUGAUAGCUCGUCUCUUUCUCUAUUUACUUGUGGAGGGACAGACAAUGAUUUUCUAGAAGAUAUUGUCGAUUUUACUUGGUGGUCUGAUCAUGUGUGUACUAUAGCAAAAAAGGGAGGUGCUAUGACCAUGUUUGACGUCAUUAGUGGGAAAAAGCUUUUAGACAAUGAUCCUUUGUUUUCUGUACCUGUCUUGGAGAGAACUGAAUUUUUCUCGGGAAAAGUGUUUGUUUUAGAUAUCCCGUUGCUUAAAGAGACCCUAAAUUCUGCUGAUCAUAUGGAAAUAAGUUAUAUUCAUGAUAUGGACCAGUAUAUUGAAGGGAACCUUAAUCAAGUUGAGACAUCAAGAUUUUCAUGGAGGUUGCUGUCAUUUUCAAGGAAAUCAGUUCCUGAAAUGUAUGAUGUCCUUAUCAAUAGUCAUAGUUAUCAGUCUGCUUUAGACUUUGCUGAUCGUUACAAAUUGGAUAAGGAUCAAGUAUUCAAAUCUCAGUGGCUGCACUCUGCACAAGGGAGUGAUGAGGUGCAUAUGCUUCUAUUUAAUGUCAAGGAUGAAGCUUUUGUGCUUCGUGAAUGUGUUGAGAGAGUUGGGCAAACAGAAGAUGCAUUGCGAGCUUUACUUGCAUAUGGGCUUAACCUGACUAAUCACUACAAGUUUUCUGAACCUGAAUCUGACUUGUGUGAACAUGUAUGGGAUUCUCGUCUGACAAGACUUCAGCUGUUGCAAUUCAAGGAUAGGCUGGAGACUUUUCUUGGAAUAAACAUGGGCAGGUUUUCUGUGCAGGAAUACAGUAAAUUCCGUGUAAUGUCGAUUACUGAAGCAGCUGUGAAGCUUGCUGAGAAUGGAAAAAUCGGAGCUUUGAAUCUUCUAUUCAAGCGACAUCCUUUCUCCUGUUCCCCCUUUAUUCUGAAAAUACUGGGUGCUAUACCUGAAACCAUUCAAGUCCAGACGUACAGUCAACUCCUUCCUGGAAGGGCCCCUCCUCCUGUUACUCCUCUUCGAGAGAGAGACUGGGUUGAAUGUGAAGAUAUGAUGGAAUAUAUCGGAAAGUUACCUGAAACUGAUGGAAGAGCUGUGCUUAUUAAAACUGAACCUAUAAUUAAGCAACUCUAUGGGAUUUUAUGGCCGUCAACUAGUGAGAUACUGAUAUGGUACAAGGAAAGGGCCCAAGAAAUUGAUAAAUUAAGUGGACAGCUAGAGAAUAGUAUCUGCUUGAUUGACUAUGGUUGCCGUAGGGGUAUGUAUGAGUUACAGCAGUUUCUUGAUGAUGUUUGGUACUUGCAACAGCUUGUUUAUUCUGAAGGAAUUGAUGAUGAGAUGCAUUGUCCUAUCAGUCUUAUUGAAUGGGAGCAUAUGUCUGACUAUGAGAAGUUCAAAACCAUACUUAAGGGUGUGAAAGAAGAGAAUAUUGUUGAAAGAUUACGUUUUCGAGCAAUCCCAUUCAUGAUGAAUAAACUUCAUUUGGAAGUAGAACAUCAGAGGGAUUCAUUUUUGGUUCAGUGGUUGAAGGAGAAUGCUGCUCAGAGCAAAAUUGAAUUUUGCUCCGUGGUCAUUGAUGAAUGGUAUCGGGAUGUACAAUGUGGAUUUUUUGUGGAUGAGAUGGAAGCAGCUGAAUGUGCUCUUCAGUGCAUAUACUCGUGCAAUGCUAUGGAUAGGUGGAAUACUAUGGCAUCCAUUCUGUCGAAGUUUCCAAAUUCAAGAGGUAGUGACAUUCGUUCUGAGAGCCUAGAGAAAAAACUCAGAAUAGCAGAGGGUCAUAUUGAAGCAGGGCGACUAUUGGCUCUAUAUCAGGUUCCAAAACCAGUGAAUUUUUUUCAUGAGGCUCAUAAAGAUGACAAGGCUGUAAAACAGAUUCUUCGUCUUGUCCUCUCAAAAUUUGCAAGACGUCAACCUGCUCGAUCGGACAACGACUGGGCAAGUAUGUGGCGUGAUUUGCAGUGCUUGCAGGAAAAAGCCUUCCCAUUCUUAGACUUGGAGUAUAUGUUAAUGGAAUUUUGCAGAGGAUUGCUUAAAGCUGGGAGAUUUUCUCUUGCAAGGAACUAUUUAAAGGGUACGGGAACAAUCAGUCUGCCAACUGACAAGGCAGAAAGCCUUGUGAUUCAAACAGCACGGGAAUAUUUUUUCUCAGCAUCAAGUCUAUCAUCCUCUGAGAUCUGGAAGGCUAGGGACUGUCUUGACCUCUUUCCUAGCAGCCCAACUGUUAGAAUGGAGGCUGAUGUUAUUGACGCAUUAACAGUCAAACUGCCGAAUCUUGGUGUCAAUGUUUUGCCUAUGCAGUAUAAGCAAAUAAAAGAUCCAAUGGAAAUCGUCAAGAUGGCUAUUACUAGCCAGGCUGGAGCAUAUCUAAAUGUUGAUGAAAUAAUUGAAGUUGCCAAGCUUCUUGGGUUAGCUUCUCAGGAAGAUAUAUCUGUUGUUCAAGAAGCUAUAGCACGUGAAGCUGCUGUUGCUGGAGAUCUGCAGUUGGCUUUAGAUCUAUGCCUUGUUUUGGCUAGGAAAGGCCAUGGUUUCAUUUGGGAUCUUUGUGCUGCAAUAGCUAGGGGUCCUGCCAUUGAGAACAUGGAUAUAAGCUCUCGUAAGCAGCUUCUGGGCUUUGCUUUGUGCCAUUGUGAUGAUGAAUCCAUUGGCGACUUGCUACAUGCGUGGAAAGAUCUAGAUAUGCAAGCCCAAUAUGAGUCGCUGAUGAUGCAAACAGGUACAGAUGAGUUUGCUGUUAAGAGUUCCUCAACUAUUUCAGCUCCUGAUCACACUGCUCAACCUAUAAUGGCUGGUGAUUUUUCUGAGGAUGAAGAGACUUUAUUAAAUAAAAUUAAGGUAGUAAUUUCUAAGGUUGCUAAAGAUAUUCCUGUGGCAAAUGGGACCAGUUGGGAUGAUGUCCUAAGAGAGAACAGGAAAGUUCUGUCUUUUGCUAAUUUGCAGCUUCCAUGGUUAGUUCAAUUAAGCUGUGAACCAGAAUCGGUAUCAAAUCACUAUCCCGUUUCGGUGCCUGGAAAGCAAUAUGUUUCAGUAAGAACCCAAGCUGUAAUAACAAUUUUGUCCUGGUUGGCUAGGAAUGGAUUUGCUCCCAGGGAUGAUCUGAUUUCCUCUCUGGCUAAACACAUUAUGGAACCACCAGUCACGGAGGAAGAUGAUGUUGUGGGUUGCUCUUUCCUUUUAAACCUUAUUGAUGCUUUUCAUGGGGUGGAAGUUAUUGAACAGCAGCUCAAAACUCGGGAGGAUUACCAGGAGAUUUGUAGCAUUAUGAAUGUGGGGAUGGUAUAUAGCUUGUUACACAAUUCAGGAAAUGCAUGUAAAGAUCCACUUCAGAGGAGAGAGCUGUUGCAGAGAAAGUUUCAGGAGAAGAUUAGUUCAGAUGAACUGGAAAAAGUUGAAAAAGCACAAGCCACAUUUUGGAGAGGCUGGAAGCUGAAACUGGAAGAGCAAAAGCGGUUGGCAGAUCGUGUAAAGGUGUUGGAGGAACUAAUUCCUGGAGUUGAAACUGCACGCUUCUUAUCCGGGGAUUUACAGUACAUGAAUAGUGUUGUCAUGUCCUUUAUUGACUCAGUACGGUUACAAAAGAAACCUAUCUUGAGAGACAUGUUGAAAUUGACAGACACCUAUGGCUUAAAUCGUACAGAGGUCUUGUUGAAGUUUCUUGCUUGUGUAUUAGUUUCAGAGGUUUGGAGUAAUGAGGAAAUUGAUUCUGAAAUUUCAGAUUUUAAGGGAGAAAUCCUCGAAUCUGCUACAAAGACAAUUGAUGUCAUAACCUCGGUCGUGUAUCCUGUAAUUGAUGGUUGCAAUAAAGCUCGUCUUGCUUAUAUUUUUGCACAGCUUUCAGACUGUUACCUGCAUUUGGCGGAAACAAAAGGUUUGCAUCCCUCAGAAUUUCAAGGGUUAGGAGAUUCAUCUGUAACAUUGGGGCAUUUCUAUCGGGUCCUUGAACAAGAAUGCUUUCGUGUCUCCUUCAUAACAGAUAUGAACUUCAAAAACAUUGUAGACAUUAAUUUAGGCUGUCUGAACUCUGUUCAUUUCGAUGAUGAAGUUUGCCGACAUGUUAGUGAAUUUACUGUGGAAGCACUUUCAAAAAUGGUGCAAGAGCUUCAUUGUACCAUUACCAGAACAACCUCCAAGGAUAUUAUAUCAUGGCAAGAUGUGUAUAAGCAUCAUGUUGUAAAUUUGUUAGAGAAUUUGGAGUACCGAGCUAAAAAGAUUCAUCUUGAAAAUCCUGAGAGCCUACAAAGCUUGCUAAGCGAAGUUGAGCAGACCUAUGAUGCGUGCAGUAAGCACAUUAGAAUCUUGGAAUGCCAGUCUGCUUUAGUCAUCAUGAAGCGGUACUUCUGUAAUGUUAUCCCUUUGCAUUUUGUUAGAGAGAGUGCUUUCAGUGAUCUAUGUCUGAAUGAUUGCCUUAUUGUACUUCUGAAUUUCUGGAUGAAAUUGAAUGCUGAUAUGGUGGAAAUGGCUGAAAGUUCAGAUGAGAAGUUUGCUGCAGUUUCUUUGAUGAUAUGCCUUAAGGUUUUCUUGAGGUUAGUGGUGAAGGGAAAAAUUACUCCAAGUCAAGGAUGGGGCACUGUAUAUUUCUUUGCCAAUUGCAGCUUAUUAACUAGUCCUACGGUAUAUUGCUCUUUCUGUAGAGCUAUGAUCUUAUCUGGUUGUGAGUUUCGCUCUGUGGAGGCUGUAUUUUCUGAAGCUCUUUCUGAAUGCACGAUUGACCAUGGUAUGAGCUUGGACACCGAGAGUGGCGUUAGUUGUUAUAUUGAUGUUUGUAAUUUAUACCUAGACAUACUAGAAAGUACUUUGUCUAACUUAGUACAUGAUGAUAGUGAACGACAUAACUUGCGCAACUUGCUAUCUUCUUUAAGUAGAUUUGAAGGUGACCUAGAAGGUCUAAAGGUGGUUCGAACUGCAGUUUGGGAAAGGUUAGCCAAGUUUUCUGAUAACUUGCAGUUGCCUAGUCAUGUACGAGUGUAUGUCUUGGAGGUAUUGCAAUUCAUUUUAGGCAGAAAAGGUAAGCUAUCAACAGAUCAGGAAAGUAGUAUUCUUUCGUGGGAAGAAUGGGAUGAAUGGAAUUCCACAAGCAAGAAUACUGAACUGACAGCAGAGCAGCCACUUCCAAAUCAAUCAGAAGGUUCUAACAGGUUUGAUAAUGCACUUGUUGCUUUGAGAACAACUGAGCUUGCAGGAUCAAUUUCUUCGCACUUGGAUAUAAGUGCCAAUGAUCUCUUGACAGUUGAUUCAGCUGUUUCUUGCUUUGCAAAAGUGUGUGAAGCUGCGGAUACACAUGCACAUAUUGGUACUCUUGUGGCCAUUUUGGAGGAAUGGGAAACCCUCUUUCUCGUGGAGAAAAAAGAAGCUUCUGCAGAAGUCUCAGUGGCAUCUGAUGCAGGCAAUAACUGGAGUGAUUGGGAUGAUGAGGGUUGGGAAAAAGAAAGCAUUCAUGAUGAGGAACCUGUUCAGGAAGAGAAAAUUGAAUCUUUAGUAUCUAUACAUCCUUUGCACACAUGUUGGAUGGAGAUUCUAAGAAAACUCAUCAUGCUGUCCCUAUUCCAUGAAGUAGUGAAAUUAAUUGAUCGAUCUUUGAAAAGAUCUGAUUUGGUCUUGAUUGAUGAAGAUGAUGCAAGCAACUUGAGUAGCAUGUUAAUUGGUUCUGAUUCCUUCAUGGCCCUAAAAGUAGUGCUAAUGCUUCCAUAUGGAACACUACAUAUGCGCUGCUUAGAUGCAAUUGAAAACAAGCUUAAACUGGAAGGUAUACCGGAGAACACUGAUAAGAACUUGUUAAUUCUUGUUUUAUCUUCUGGGAUUAUAUCCACCCUAAUUUCUGAACCAGCACUUGGAGCUACUUUCUCUUACAUCUGUUACUUGGUGGGCGAUUUAUCACAUCAAUCUCAGAAUUUCCUGUUGUCAAAGACAAAUCAGAAUCUGAUAGAUGAUGAGAUCGAAGGCUUCUGCCUUACUUUCGUACAAAUUCUGUUUCCUUGUUUAGUUUCAGAACUGGUGAAGGCAAAUCAGCAAAUUUUAGCUGGAUUUCUUGUUACGAAAUUUAUGCACACAAAUCCUUCUCUUUGCCUGAUUAAUGUUGCCGAGGCUGGCCUCAGCAGGUAUUUGCGAAGCCACAUGCAGCAACUAGAAUGCCGUGGCUCUGCAACAGAAGCAAGAAAGCCAGAGAUACUAGGACAGACACUGUCUAACUUGGAAUUAAAAUUGAAGAACUUGAUCCGAUCUGCAUUAAUAUUGCUUCCAAACAGUAGUUCAUAGUUUUGUUAUACUAAACCCAUUUUUUGGGUAUACACUGCUGAGAAUUUUCGUUCCAGCUAAAGGAAUUUUGUUGUAGCAAAAUAUAUGUAGGGGCCUUGUACAUGUUUUUUGCUCUGUUGAAUUGUACAUCUAAGAGUAAGCUGUUGGUGAUACAUUGUUUUUUUUUUUUUUUUUUUUUUUUUUUUUUUUUUUUUUUGGGAAUUGGUGAUACAUUCAUACAUUGUUUGAAAUAUGAUGUACAGUAUAAUUCUGAACUGACAGUAGAUUUCUGGAAUUCGACCCUAAUAUUCAAGUAGUGUUAGUCAAA